AUGGCGUCACACCUGCGACCGCCAGACGCUUCCGAUGCCCGCCCUAACGCGCCCAGUCGCGCGCGAUCCGCUGUCGAGAAUCUCUUGCCCGCAGGUAUUGUAAGACGCAGCAGCGCACGACCGCCUGCGACACCGCACAUGGAGCGCUCCAUCUCGUCCAUGGCCGACAGCUUCACCGACUACUGGGGCGUCUGCGCGCGGAACCCAGACCCCGAGGGCUCCAAGACGCCCGAGCCGCCCGUCCAGGAGGACGAACUCAAGCCCAUCUCCAACUGGGCGCAUCUCACGUACAUGAAGAACCAGCGCAACAAUCUGCGCGCCGAACUCAAGGCGCACCAGAUUGCCGGCGCCGAAGCAAAGCGCUCGGUUGCGUCAUUGAGGCGGUUGGCCUUUCGCAUGGCUGUGAACAUAUCUGCAAAGGAAAGACAGAUAGCCACCAGCGCGCGCAACUUGGCCAACAGCAGACAGAGCCGCUAUGUCGAGGGCAGAGAUGCCGAGAAGAGGGUCGACGCCCUGAAGCGGGCUCUGCGCGUCGAAGAGGGCAGGAACAGGGAGAUACUCGAGGCGUUGGAGAGGGCUUCGAUGCUGACUUUGCAGUAUGCAAACCCGCCCGAAGCCCAGCAACGCCCGCCACGCCCGCCACGCAACCCCCUUUCACCCCCGCCUUCACCACCUACCCGGCUCUCCAAUCUGGCCAUGACCACACUGUCCACACCUCAGACACCCCCGCGCUCUACAUCCUCCUCAUGGAACGAGACUGAUUGGGAACUCACUCCCGGCCUCGCGUCGCCGACUGAAGUGCGAACUUCCGACAGUCGUCUCAUCCGCGCAAAGCGCGAGUCCGACCAAGCUCUGUCUGCAUGUCGCCGGCGUAUCAGUGAGCUCCAAGCCGAAUGCGCAAAGACCAAGGAGGACGGCGAGGCGCUGGAGGAGUCAAAAAACGGUCUCCAAGGAGACAUCCAAGAACAGCAGGAGCGCAUAGCCACGCUAGAGGCAGCUAGAGCAGCCAUCGAAGAGACCCUUGAGUCGACGAGACUACAGCUCGAAGUAUCCACCGGUCUAGAAGAGAGCCUCAAGCAGAAACUGCGCAUGAAGAACAGAGAGCUGGCGAGCUUGGAACAGAGCAGCGAAGGCAGACAGGCGGAGCUUGAGGGUUUGCACGAGGAGAAGGACUCUCUCGUCUCGCAACUUGCAGAGCGCGAUGCACAGCUCCAGGAACUCGAAGCUCGCACCACUUCGCUGCAAGAGACACUGACUACCUUGCAAAACAAGCUGCAAGCCGCUGAGCGCAAUGAGGCGUCCCUGCAAGAUCAGCUCAAAGAAAAGGACCUCGCCAACGAAGACUUGAAAAAGAGACUCGACCGCGGCUCCAAGUAUGAGCAAAUCCUACAGAAGAAGAUUGCUGAGCAUGAGCAGGAAAUCCUGGGCAAUGUCAAGAAGAUUGAGGUUGGUGGCGGUCUCAUCUCAGCGCUGCGCGCGCAGAUGAAGCAGUCGGAGAGCAGCAAGAAGGAUGCCGAAGAUGCUCUUACAACAUUGCGGACUGAGCUGAGUGGCUUGAAGUCUACUCAAGCCAAGGACGUCCAAGUUCGCGAGGCCUUGAGCUUGGAACUGGACGAUACCCAAAGCGCAAGGAACAAGAUGCAGAAGGAGCUUUCUGGCACGUUGGAAUCCUUGAGCAGAGUAGAAGCUGAAAAGCAGAGUCUUCAGUCAGAGCUCGACUCUCUGCAAUCCUCGCACGAUACGUUACUGGAGAACCUACGAGCGGCUCAGCGUCAUAUUCACACCCUGGAGCUCUCGGACGAGCAACAAGCUGAGUUGGAAAUGCUCCGGGACGAAAAGGCUUCAGUUGAGGCGGAUCUCAGGGUCGCCAGGCAAACCAAUUUCUCGCUUCGCGAAGCCCAGCGCAUGAGCAAGUCGGACCUGAAGGAGCUGCGGGCAUCCGUCAAGGACCUUCAGCAACAGCUGCACGAGUCUCACGAACGCGAGACAGUCCUCAAGACACAAUUGGACUUGGCUCAUGGUGCUCAGGCUGAGGUAGAGCGACAACAAGAGGAAGAGUCUCAAAGACACAGUGAAGAGCAUCGUCAACUCCAACUCUCCAUGACAAGUCUCCAUGCUUCACUCGAAGCAUCCGAGAAGCUCAAAGCGUCCCUGCAGGAAGAACUCAGGCAGCUUCAAUCGGCCAACAUUGACUUGGAUAAGCAGUUUCACGACACAUUGCGAUCCAAGGCAGACUUGCAAAAUGAGCUCGACACCGUGCGGACUAAACUCGAGCACAGCACCAGUCACAGCAACGGCCUCCGAACUAAGCUGGACGAGUUGGAGUUGGAUCUCAACGCCAGCCGACAGUCUAAGGUUGAUGUCGAAGCACAAUUGGGUCAUGUGCAUAAGCAGCACGAAAGCCUCGCAACGCGCAUUUCUGAACUGGAGCAGUUCCUGUGUGAAAGCCGCGAUGACACAUCCAGGGCUGAAAAGGAACUGCGCUUGAAGCAAGAGAGUAGCGAAGCUUCGGCCACGGAAGUUGCCGAGCUACGCGAGACUCUGCACACCACUGAAACCUCCAAGAUGGAAGCCGAAGCCAAGCUCUCUCUGGCGAUAAGCCUGCAGAAUGAUCUAGAGAGUCAAUUACAGAUUGCACAAUCUAGAUCGGCUGAACUGCAGACUGAAGCAAACAGUGUUCAAGCACGACUAUCUACUAUGGAGGGGGAGGCUGCGCAACUUCAUCGCUCGAAAGAAGAGCUUACAGAACAACUCCAGGCAUCCCAUCAUGCCCAGACUGAGAUGCAGGAGCAACUCAAAUCUACCGAGUUGCGCCUGCAUGCUGUCGAGACGGAAGUUACCGGACUGAAGUCUAGGGUUGCUGCAGGUCAACAAGAACUCGAAAACGCCCGCCUCAGUAAGGUUGAGGUUGAGAACAAGCUUGAACAGGCGUUGCAAUCACAUGCACAGGUCGAGGAGGAGCUUAGUGCGGCUCGAGGCAGCAAUGCGGCAACCGAAGCACUGGAAACGGAUCUUGCGCUAGCUCGCUCUCAAUACAAUGAGCUCGAGAAGGCGCACUCAGAAAUGAUCUCACAAUCAGAGAUGAGUGAAGAGGAACUUGGCACUUUGCGAGAAAGCAGAUCAGAUGCUGAACGCAAGCUGGAGGACGCACUCUCUUCGACGAAAAGCUUGGAGCAUGAACUGGAGCUAACCGUUGGAAAGCUCCGUGACUUCGAGUCGAAACAUGCAUCGCUUGUCACAAGGAUAGAGUCGACCGAAAAGGCUCUUGCUUCAACUCGAGACGAGAAAGCUCAGCUUGAGCAGUCAUCUAGUAGCACCGCUAGUGAUUUUGCGUCAGUCCAGAUGCGUCUUACUGAUUUGGAAUCUGAGAAGGAGAGCAUCAGCACAGAGGCCAAGGAGAUCAGACAAAGAGAAGAGAGUCUGCGAGAGACCAAUGCUAAGCUUGAGCAGCAGCUGAGCGAUGCUACGCAGCACGCUUCUGAUCUAAAGAAUGACCUGCAUGCCGCCCGCGCGCGUCUCGAGACUGCCGAGUCUGAGAAUGCGACUCUCAAGUCUAGGAUCUCAGAGGCUGAUGAGAACCUCAGCUCACUUCGCGAGACAAAUGCCACACUCACCGCAUCCGAGAAGGACUUGCAUGAGCGCUUAGAGUCUGCAGAAGAAAACCUCCAGGCCGUACGCGAGACCAACAAGCGUCUUGAAGCUUUCCUCGAACGCGUCGAAGCCGACAUGCAACACGCCGAGACAGCAUUCGAAGAAAGCGAAAAGCGUCUAGAGGAGUUUGUUGAGGAAUCCCAAGCUAAACUCGACGCUGCAAGGGACGCGAAGCUCAAGUACAAACGCAGGCUGUCCGAGCGAAACAACGAGAUCGAGCUAUUGACCACUGAGAAUUCACACUUGCAACAACAGAUUGGCGAGAAGAGGGAGGAAGUCAACGCACUCGCCAAGGGCAAGGAAGAAAUGCAGGAGCAACUCGAGCAGAAGGACAAGUUUGUCAGUGACCUUAGAUCGUCAAGUGACCGAAGGAUGAAGUCGAUGAAUCUGGCAUACAACGAGCUGAGAACGAGGUACGAGGAGCGGGUUUCAGGCCAUCCAGGCGCUCGACCUAAGCGGGACCGCGCCAUGACAGAGAUUCGCAAGCCCAAUAAGGAGGAGCUAGCUUCAGCUUAUGCAGCGCUGGAACGCGAAGUCGAGGGUCUCAGAAAAGACAAGAAAACUUUCGAAAAUCUCGUCUCCACGCUUCAAGAUAAGAUCAGCCAACUCCAACGCCUCGAGGAAUGGCACGAUGCACGAGAGCCAGAAGUUAGGCUUGAGGCGGACUCUACCCCUUCAACUCCAACUACUCAACACUCAGGCUCCCGAGUAGGCAGCACAUUCAGUCGCUCACCCAGCAUCGCCAUUAACGACCGGCCAACGACCGGACUCAGUACAGCGUCCAAGCAAGAGUGGGCAAAUGACAUCGAGCGACUCCGCAUGCUGCGCAAUGAGCAAGCGAACCAGUUGAAGAGUAACAAGAAGGCGCGAAGCGAUCUUAGAAAGAGCUUGAAGGAGAGCAAGACUAUGUUGCAUCAACUUGAAAAAGCGAAGCAACAGAAAUCCGAGGACAGGAACGCCAUUCUCAACGCCUGA